GGAUGUCGGCGGGCAGCAAUUCAGGCCCUAGGAGGGCAGCGUAGGCUGCCGAACGAGAUCCUCACAGCCAUAGCAGCACGGCUUGAGGAUCAGCACUGGGCUGUCCGGCUGGCAGCAAUUCAGACCCUGGAAGGGCAGACUAAGCUAUCGAAGGAGAUCCUCACAGCCAUAGCAGCGCAGCUUGAGGAUAAGGACGGGGAUGUCCGGCUGGCAGCAAUUCAGACCCUGGAAGGGCAGACUAAGCUAUCGAAGGAGAUCCUCACAGCCAUAGCAGCGCAGCUUGAGGAUAAGGACGGGGAUGUCCGGCUGGCAGCAAUUCAGACCCUGGAAGGGCAGACUAAGCUAUUGAAGGAGAUCCUCACAGCCAUAGCAGCGCAGCUUGAGGAUAAGGACGGGGAUGUCCGGCGGGCUGCUGGGCAUAUACUGCAGUUGCAUAUAAUGUUUUACUACAGCCUUCUCGGCGGCCCUUACGCUGGUUCCUUAUAUAAGACCGCGCUCCGACAAAGCUUUGAGGAACAGCAGAGUUGGUAUAAGUCUAGACCCCCCAUUGCGACCAGUGCGCAUCGCGACCAGGGGUCGCGUCGCGACGCGGUUGAGCACCCCACCAUACAUUUUCCCAUAUAA